AUGCUUCAAAAACCUGAGUGCAAUGACAAGGCCAGCCGGAAGGGAUCCAAGCAGUCCAAGAGCUCCAGAUUUGGCUUCAACAGUGUUUGCGAUGGCAAUGGGGAUGCUCCCAGAGCAGCCCUGAGCGACAUUGAUGUGGAGGCCAACAGCCGGAAGCCUUCCAAGCUGUCCAGAGUCUCCAGAGCCUCCAAGGGCUUCCAGGGUGUUCGUAGCGCGAUCCUGAAGGUGGCAGAGGCCAACAAGGCUCCCAACUUGUCGGUGAGCGAAGUGGAUCUUGAGGCGGUGGGCCCGGACAUCAAUGGGAAGAUCAGCAUCCUCACGCGGAAGACUCUGGGUCUGACUGUGGGGAGCUUUCUAAGUGGCUUCAUGAUGGGAAUUCUCAUGGGCACUGGCUAUGGCUUUUACCUGGGCUAUUUGGGCCUUGAUUCCUACGUGUUGAGCUCGGAUCGGUGCUUUUCCCGACGCCCCAUGGCUCGCUCACUGGUGCUGCUCAGCGCUCUGGUGCUCGGCGCUUUGGGUCCACGCUUGGCACGAACCUUCGUCGGGACUGCCGGCGCGGCACGAUCUCCGUCCGGCGCCCGGAGAAGCGUGGAGGUCGCGACGGAGGAGUCUGUGGUGGCUGGAGACCGGCUGAAGUUGAAGCUUUUGUCGCCCGAGGGUGAUGGAAUCACCGUGGCCUGCAGUGAGGUGAUUCUGCCCAGUGCCACUGGGCAGUUGGGCAUUUUGGCCAACCACGCUCCGAUGAUGUCGGCCUUGGACACGGGUGUCCUUCGCUACAAGGAGGAUGGCCAAUGGAAGCCAGUCGUGGUGCUGGGUGGCUUUGCCACUGUGGACUCCAAUCAGCUCUCAGUGCUGGUGAAUGACUUUGAGAAGGCCGAGUCCAUUGAGACGACAGAAGCGCAGAGCGAAAUGGAUGCAGCCAGCUCCAUGCUUGAGAAAGCGGAGUCCAAGAAGGACAAACUUGCAGCCUGGAUUCGAAGAGAGAUCUUCCUGUUGCCCUUCGGGUGCUUGAGCGAUUCGGUGCCGAUCUGGGGUUGCCGCAGGAAGUCAUACCUGGUGAUUGGCUGGAGCAUCACUGCUGUUGCCAUUGCAGUGAUGGGUUUCCACGACCUGCCGGCGCCCUAUUAUUGUCAAGCGCCUGAUGGCAGCUAUGACUACACGCUGCCGCCCUGCAAUCCUGCAGCACAUGACGAAAAACACUUCUACGUGGUACCUGGCUUUUUCCUGAGUCUAGGUUUGUGUUUAGUGGGAGUGGCCGGCGAAGGGCUGAUCAUCGAGUAUUCGCAGUUGGAGGCAUGGGAAUGCCGAGGACAACUCAAAGCAGAGUUGACGAUGGUUGGAACCGCUGGUGGUUUGCUGGCAACCUUGUUCAUCGGCUGCUUCAUGAACAGCAAGGCCUACCUGGGAACCUUCGAUUGGGGCUUGCAAUUCAACCAGAUCAUGUACAUCGCCCUGGCCUUGGUGUUGAUCCAGAUUCCCCUCACCAUGUUCUUAGUUUGGGAGCCUCCCUUGAAGCAAAGACCCUCCUUCCGACAGCACCUCUGGUCUUCCUGGGACUUAGUGCAGAGCAAGGCCUUUGUAGGUGUGAUCAUGUUUGCCUUUGGCACGCACAUGAUGGUGACGGUCGCGACCACUGCAGGGCCGCUGGUGCGUUCCCAGUGGGCAGAGGUUAAGGUGCUUCAACAACAGUUGUGUGGAAUGCUGAGCACCUUUGCUUUGCUGGUGUCCGUGUGGUUCAUCAAGGUUUACUUCUUGCAAGCCAGCUGGCGGAAGAUUUUUUACAUUGCUUGCGUGGCUAGCGUGGUGCUUGAUGCAGUGCCGGUGUACCUGACCGUCUUCAACGUGGUGAGGAACCAGUACUUCUUCCUGGGCGAAGAGAUCUUGUCCGCCUUGCCCAUGGCCGCCAUCAAGUUGGUCUCCGCGCUCUUGCUCAUCGAGAUGGCCGAGCCCGGCAAAGAAGGCUUGUGUACUGGAUUGCUGGGUACCAUCUACAAUGCCAGCACCCCCUUUGGCACGGCCAUCAGCAAUCAGAUCUUCGCAUUGUUCCAGCCCAACCUUUAUGAUGUGGCAAACUAUGUGGCGGACACACCUGCCUUCCGUGAGACGGUCGCUUGGUCGUAUGCGGUGACGUAUGCCACGACCUUGGCUGGCUUCGUGCUGAUCCGCUUGAUUCCAUCGCAGAAGGAGGAAGCCCAACACAGGAAGAAGGAGUGGGGCAGCCACCCCUUCUAUGGCAUCAUGGUGCUGGUUUUGCCGACCAUUUGCUUCCUCUAUGCCAUCACGGUCUUGGUGAUGGCGAACAUCCCAGAGUUGGCAUGCCUCAAGGCGAUUGGUGGCCCGGGAUGCGAGUGA